AAAAUUCGCACUCCAUUCAUUGUUUAGUCUGACACGAGUAACGGUACCGAAUGAAUCGCACAACCAUACUAUUAACGGUGAAUGAAAAUUUAAGCGAAUUUUUCCAAAUAAUCAAGAAUCAAUGUCGAGUUAAGCCUGAACCAUGAGAAGGUUUUAUUUUUUAUUAGUGAUUUUCGUGAUGAGAUUUUCAUCCGAAGUGAAUUGCUAUCCGGCCAUAGAUGCAAGUGCGGUGCAAAGACAACGAUUAGAUAUAUACAAACGACAAAACUCCGAAUUUAAUCGACUUCAAUCGAAUAAAAUCGAUUAUAGCGCUUAUGAAGACAUAAACGAUCAAGCGCCAAACGAUCAAUCGGCCGAAUUAAUAGAUCAAUCGGAAAGUCGACGUUUUGGCACAAGAAAACGGCCGUGUGUGCCAGUUUAUUCAAAUUAUGGUGGAAAGCGUCGUAGAGGUGGACGCGGACGAAAUAGUGGACUCGGCGAUGGACGAACAUUAUAUGAUUUAAAUUUCUACUUUCUCGGCUAUCAACCGAAUCGGUAUCAAGUGAAUCCAGGCAGUCAAAGCGUUUCAGCAAUUGCUGCAACGGAUAACAAUAGACCAGUAAGUGAUAGUUCACAUUACGAUCACUACGGAGGGUAUUAUGAUUGCGAGCCAAAUCCAUUCUAUCGUCCACCAUUUGGUGGACAUGGUGGCGGCGGAAAUGGCGCGCUUAGUGAUGAUCCCAAUGGCCAAAGUUAUUUGGGUUUAUUGGGUCAAGGUUUGUCUGAUUUUUUUAACGGAUUAUUUGGCUAUGGUAAUCCAAAUGCAGGCAGUGGUGGAUAUGAUACGCCCGUUUCUGCUGGCGCUGGUUCCGUUCUAAACGACCAAAAUACCAACGAUGAAAGGCCCGUCUAUGAAAUCAACGUACCUGAUACAAUUGCAGCUUUGAAUCCAAAUAAUUGGCGACCCGGACAAUUAGUCGGCGGCAUACAAAACAAUGUUAAUGGAUUUGUGCAGGAAAUUUCGCGAUAUAUUCCAUUUUAAAUUUAUUCCAAUAUUGUAGUUUAUUCGAGUUUUUUAAUGUGUAUUUAUGUAAUAGUAAAAAAAUAUUGUGAGAAAAAAAAGCGAUCUGUAUUGAAUUUACCUGGUAUAAAAAUUGAGUUUUUACUUUCAUUUAAAAGUCUUUCGCUUUGUGCGGUGCAUAAGAGAGAAAAAAGACGUAUAUACAGAAUUACGACAUGACCCAAAAUUCAUAGAGUGGUGGAAUGCGUGGGAGAGCAUUUGCAAGAGUGAAUUUUGUUUGCUUUUUUUUUUGCGUCUUUGUGUGUGUGUGUCUUUCUUUUUUGAUUUGAUUCGAUCAUAUUUCAAACGGUAACCG